AUGCCAACCACAGUCGUUGUCGACACAUCUCCUGUGUUUCUCAGCAGAAGUACAGGUCGAAGUUCCUCUUGCCAAGAGCCCAAGAAGAGCAUCAGGCCCAAGACUUUGAUUCAGACAAAGGCAGCAUCAUCACCAGCAUCACCAUUUACUAGCAGAAGGAGGGAAGAUCCAGUGGUAAAGAGUGGCUUUGCAAUCCAGCCCAACAUCAAGGCCUCACCAGAAAUCCUGGGAAACAAAAACAUUCCAACAACUCCCUCUGAAUCUGCUAACAUCCCAUUGCGAUUGGAUUAUUAUUCGGACAACAUUCUGUGUGAAAUAGCUAACAGUGACAUACCUAUCACAGGUCCAUGCAAGUCGGUGCUUGAGUUUAUAGCAAACUCUGAGAAAGAGGUCGAAGAGUUCUCAGAUAUUCAUCCAGAAGAUUUUGAGACAAUAUCGCACAUCGUUGAUCAGAUCCAAACGACCAAACAGAAACCAAGAUUCACUUAUGAUUACAUUAACUGCCAUCUUGUUGAAAUGCCAACUCAUAUACAUGAAGUCCCGUGCACAGUAUUCAAGACGUGGUUUGACCGGUUCCUGGACUCUCUGGAUUUCGACCGCACCCUCAUUGACACAAUUGUCUUCAUGAAUGCUGAGGUUAAAACAGAGGAGCUCUCCACCAUCCUGGAUAUGACAUUGUCUGUCAUCGUAGGGAACCCUCACAGACCUCUCAAGGAGGCCAUCCCUGUUCUCAUAGAAACCGCAUUCUCUCAGCAAAUGAAUCCGCUGAUGAAUAAACUCCGGAAGCAAAUUCGUGCCAAGCCCGAAGUACUCAUGGUCAUUGCGACCCUCAUAGGAGAGACCAAACCAUACCAUUCGCCUGAACGCUCAUCUACUGCAUGGGAUACUCUAUUGCAAGAAACACCGGCUCGCGAACUUAGCUCCUUCCUUGACCUCCAACCCUUGGAUUCGAAGCCCACAGAUCCCAUUACCAUACUCGGUCACCAGUGUCCCAUCAAUAUCAACCUUGUGACUGGGCCGUGCACGGCUCGUGGUAGACUGUACCCUGACCCACACAUGGACGCCGUAAAUGCUAUGAUCAACCAGGGUCUACGCUUGGUGAAAAACAAGUUGGGUUCCCUCUGCAGAGAGGUAAACAAAGUGUGCGACCUCACACCUUUAGAAGAAUCUCCUAUCACCUUCCCUUUUUCUUGGGACCGUAUGUACAACUCCUUAAUGGGGGUGUCAGGAAUUACGGCCCACUCUCAUUACCUGGCAUGGUACGCAAAGUCUGCCAGAGGUGUAAAGCGCGUGGAACACCCAGAUUCCCAUAACAAUGAACCAUCAUCUUCAAAUACUCGCUCUCGCACUGACACUGGACCAAAUGCUAUGGUCAGCAACAACUCUGUGCAACCUGGUACUUCCAGUGCACAAAACAAUGACGUGCAACAUGAUGCUGGUAAGUCCAAGUCUAAGUCGAGGGGAAAGCACAGGAGCACCAAGGGCAAAGGCAAGGGCAAGGGCAAAUAG